AUGGGAGAGUCCUCAUGCAAGACCAUAGAGCCGUUGACGGUGCUGGUUGUCGGUGCGGGCAUCGGAGGACUUUCAGCAGCGAUUUUUCUUCGGCGCCAAGGGCACAACGUUCGGGUAUUUGAACGAUCCAGGUUUUCGGCAGAAGUUGGCGCUGCUAUCCAUGUUGCUCCAAACUGUCAGCGACUCCUAAUGCGACUCGGACUAUCAACGGCUGACCAUGGUGGAACUCCUCUGGAAAGGGUUGACGUUGGUUUUGCUACAAAGUUCACUCUUUAUGCACAUACAGGGGAGAGAGUUACCACGAUGUCCCUGACAGAAAACAUCAUGAAAGCCGGAGCUGGUUGGAAUUUAAUUCACCGAGCGGAUCUCCAUUCGGCGCUUCGAGAUCUCGCAUUGUCGACUGAGGGGGCGGGCGUACCAGUGCAGCUUUUUCUCAACUCCAAAAUCAUUGGAAUGGAUGUCACAAAGGCAACUCUGACGCUGGCAGAUGGCCGAUCAUUUACAGGAGAUCUAGUUCUUGGUGCAGACGGCUUUCAUUCUUGGACUCGUUCUUUCGUCGCCCCAGAGUCCCCUCCACCUUUCCCAUGGGGGAAGAGUUGCUUUCGGUGGCUUAUCCCAUAUGAAGAGCUAGAGAAGGAACUGCCGAGCGACGACAAAAAUACUAUGUACGAGUGGACUGGCGCAGAUAGAAGGAUCAUCGGGUACCCUUGCUCGAAUCAUUCGAUUGCAAACUUUGGCGCUUUUGUACCCACUUCUGAAGUGACAAGCUCUAAUCGAGAUUGGAGUAACCGGGCAAGUAAAGAGGAGCUACUUCGGUGCUUUAAAAGCUUUGAUUCCUCCAUUCAGCGGAUAUUGAAUCAAGUACCAGAGAGCGAACUCAAGAUUUGGGAGCUAUUCGAUAUGGAUAACCUUCCAAAUUGGGUGAGUGGCUCCUGCGCCCUUUUAGGUGAUGCGGCGCAUCCAUUCCUACCCUUCAUGGCUCAAGGAGGAGCAAUGGCAAUCGAAGAUGGCGCAUCACUUGGCGCUCUCCUCCCACUAGGAACAACCAGGGCAGAUGUACCAUCUCGAUUGCAGUUGUAUGAAAAAUGUCGCAAGGAGCGGGUGGAAAUAAUCCAAGAUUUUACACGCCGUAGCGGACGGAACAACGAUGGCAUUGAAGGUCCCCGUCCCAAUGAAUAUGAUGAGUGGGAGAAUUCGUCCGAGAUUUUGGUUGGACAGAUUGACGCUUGA